GCCUUGUUGGAAGGUGGUUUCUGAAGGAAGCGUUGUGACUAGAGACGGUAGCUGAAGAGAAAAGCUGAGUGGAGACUAACAAGACAUCCAGACGCACUUACUCGAACUGUAAUUUGACUCCUGUAAUCAAACGAUGUCAGUGACUGAGGACCUUCCAGAGAUGGAUGGAGCAGACCUGUUAGGGCUACUGUUCAGUGAUGGAGGGGAUGGAUCCACUGAGCCCUUUUUUCCUGAUGAGAAUGGGCUCAUUGAAUCCUGGCUGUCUGAACAAAAUAUGCUGACUGGUAUGGAUACUGAGGAUUUUCUGUCAUGUUUGUUGGAUGGAGAGGACAACAUGGAAACUAUCUAUCCUUCUCAUUCUCCAAUGGGGAGUGACAGCGGCAUUUCUGAUGAUAGCAGCACAGGGCCUGGGAACGGUAAUCUUCCAGGAUGCCCGAGUCCUAAUGGCAGUGACAGCGACAUUGUGCCCAGUCCCAGCUAUUCCCAGCCCAGCCCAGUGCAUACUGAUCCUGCUGUGAUCUCUGGAGAGGUGCAGACAGACAGCCUGGAGGCCUUAACCGUCCAAGCAGAUCACAGCUACUCCCUGCUGCAGAGUGGAGCCAGGGACAUGGACAUGGACAUGGACAUGCUGCAGAGUGUGAGGGCAGAGAAGCCAGACACAGAUGUCUUUAUUGAUCUAGAUGAUCUGGUGAGUGAUGCAGUGGAGGAGGACGACAUCACCGAAGAGUUGCCUUGUACCUUGGCUAUAGAGGAUUUGGCACAGGAUUCAGCACAGACCAACAAUGCAGACCAGUUCCAAUUUAAAGAGAUUGUUCUCACUGAGGAGGAGAAGCGACUUUUGGCAAAAGAGGGUGCUACCAUUCCCACACACAUGCCUCUCACAAAGGCGGAGGAGAGGACUCUGAAGAGGGUCAGGAGGAAGAUCCGCAACAAGCAAUCUGCUCAGGAGAGCCGCAAAAAGAAGAAAGUAUAUGUUGAUGGAUUAGAAAACAGGGUUGCCAUCUGCACUGCACACAACCUGGAACUACAGAAGAAAGUCCAGAUGCUUCAGAAACAGAACAUGUCCUUGAUAGAUCAACUGAAAAAACUUCAGUCUAUGGUGAAGUUGUCGACUAUGAAGGCUAGCACGACCAGCACUUGUGUUAUGGUGUUUUUGCUUUCUUUCUGCCUCAUCAUCUUCCCAGCAGUCAAUCCAUUCAGUGGAAAUGCUGAAAAAAAGGAGCUCUACACACCUUCCUCCAUCAUCUCCCGGACGCUGCGCUCUUUGCCACCAGAAAGCUUCGAUGCGUAUGCUUAUGAAGAGGAGCUGGACUUGGUGCCCCAAACAGUAGAGAACACCAAGACCAUCUUUGCAGGUGGUCUGAAGAAUCACACCCCUGACUACCAAAGAGUGGAACAACCCGACUCGGAAACUGGUGUCAACAGCAACUCCUCAGCAGACUUUCCCAGUCCAGCUCAGGCAGCGGAGAUGAAGCCAGGGCUUCCUGCAGGUGUAGGGCCAAUACAGGAGGGAUCCAUUGAUGCUGUAGUAGCAUCCGCUGUGGCGUAUGAAGUCCCAGGAUCUAAGGAUAGCUGGAUAGACCGAAGCCCUCCAUCAGUCAUCUUACAACAGCAUCGCUCUGAUGAGAUGUAGUUGAGGCGUUUUGAUCAAAAUAACCAGCAGAGGGAGCCAUUUUCUGAUGGUACCAGAGGGAAAUCUAAACAAAACAAAAAAAAAGAGGAAGGGAAAAAAUACCAUGAUUUAUCCAGCUAUAGAAUCCACCUGUUUUUCACUGCUUUCCCCCUCUAAGCCUUGUGAUUAACUGCAGUUAUUUUAUUUGCACUUUGCGCUAACUCCAUUGCUCCAGAGGAAAAAAAAAACUGGAGAGAGAUUUACAUAUUUCAGCAGUGUAAACUACUGUACUUAAAGAACAGGCCAGUGCAGCUAUAAUAUGUGGAUAUGCUUUGCUGCUACUGAUGUAGCUUUGAGGGUGGCUCUCUUUUUGUUAUACAAUGUGUUGCAGAUUACCAAAAUCAGUAAAUUUGAUUGGGACAGCAUGGGAAUAUUCACAGUGAACUGGCAGAGAAUUACAUCAAGUAUAAGACUUGAUGGGAUUCUGCAUUUAUUGUAGAGCUUUGGGGAGAGGUUUAUUUGACUGAUUAUCUUCAGCAGAUAUUGACACACUUUCCCAAAAUUUUAAUUCACUCAGCCAUAUAAAAUUAUUAGGAAAUUAAGUAGUUCAGUGGUUUGUACUGCAAACUCGUCAGCAACAUGUAUCGUAGUGUAGAAGAUGGGCUGCUUGACUCUCAUGAAGCUUGAACAGAGUGGUUGUUUGACCACUGUAUGCAACGCUUAAGCCAUUGCAGGACAUUUGGCCAUUUAGAAGACUUUUAUAGUUUGUUUGUAUAUCCCUUGUAACAAGGGUAUCCAUGCCUCUUUUAAUUUCUGAACGCUUUGUUUUUAUGUUGUACAGUUAAGCAAGAAAAAAAAAGUGGAAAUCAAGCUGAACCAUUGACUCUAAUCCCAGUCUAUUUCUGCAGUCUUUUCUUUUAUCCGUUCUUGGGAUAGUUUUCUUCUUUUUAAAAUGAAAUACCUUAGUAUCUGUGUAUUAAGAAUACGGGAUUUGAUAUAUUUGGUCAGUAAAUUGUUUUGCAGUAAAGUAUAUCCUAAAAAUGUAAUGACCUGUUUUUUCAGUGAAGCAUUUUGUUUUUGUUUUGUUUUUGUUUAUUUUUUUGUAUUUGUUUCGUUACUGUCAGUGAUAAAUGGAAUCUAAAUUGUAUUAAAACUUCUUUGUAAUAGUUGACAGGCAAUGAGAUUUUAAGUGUCAAACAAAUGCACUGACUUUUGACAUAGUCCAAGAAUGAAAUGUAAAUAUACUGAAUGAUUGUUACACUCUGUACAUAUAAACCCUUUAUGUAUAAGACAUGUCUGGACAUCUAUAAUAAUAAACUUUUUUUUU